CUAUUCGCUCUCAGCCAAAAAUGAUCAACUACGUUUGAGAAACUUGGGAUAAGUUGGAUAGCAAUAGGAAAUACAAGAAGAGGAUGAGAUAAGGAUUUAAAGCCCCGCCUUUCAUUUCCCUCUUCUUUCUUUCCCCAUUCAGUCACAAAACACACACCACCCCUCCAUCGCCUGAGCUUCAACAGAGAUACCCAGAAACUAGAACUACCGUUGGCUUACCCAAUUUUCGUUUGGGUUCCUGAGAAAAAACCAAAAGGUAAAGAAAGUAUGAUACUAUUUUAGUGGCUGACUGCUCCCCCAACUUCCCUAUUUAAACAUGACGACAGUAAUUUCAAGUUCCAUAAACAAUGUUCUACUUAUUAAUGGAACUCCAUUUGCAACAAGGAAAACCCAAUGUUUGAAAAGAUGCAAUCUUUUAAAGAUCUCUUCCAAACAUGCAUGGUCCUCGCAAAAGUGCGUCUUACCUCUAUCGAGAUCUGUUGGAUCGCUUCCACGGUUCAGAAGUGGAUUUUUUUUACAACGUAAAUCAAGAAUCCAUAUAACAUGUGCCACUGGAAGUGAAAGUGGAACUGAUUUAGCUAUAGAGGAAGCAGAUUCUCCCAUUGCAGAUGAAGACUCUAGUGCAGCCUCCGAAAUUCCAACAGAUGCAGUUGGAACAAGUGAAGAAUCCCCUGUCAAAUCAGAUGCUAGUAUCGGUCCAGCUCAAAGCAGACGUUCAAGUUCUACAAGGAAGAGUGAGAUGCCACCAGUAAAGCCCGAGGAACUGGUUCCUGGUGCAGCAUUCACUGGGAAAGUGAUGUCUAUCCAGCCAUUUGGAGCUUUUGUUGAUUUUGGAGCUUUCACGGAUGGCCUGGUACAUGUUUCCCAGUUGAGUGAUGGCUUUGUUAAGGAUGUUGGAGACGUUGUUUCUGUAGGGCAAGAGGUGAAGGUGAGGUUAGUGGAAGUAAACAUGGAGACAAAACGCAUAUCUCUCACUAUGCGGGAAAGUGCUAACACCAGUGAGAUGCAGCAAAGGAAGGACAGUCCUGCCAGUAGUGAUGAAGGAAGACCCCCCAGGACGAGCACGCCAAGGUAUGACCAGAAGAGAGAUGAUGGGAAGAAAUCAUUCUCGAACUUUGAGCUGGGACAGGAACUUGUGGGCAUAGUUAAGAACUUAACCAGAUCGGGUGCUUUUAUCUCUCUCCCUGAUGGGGAGGAAGGAUUCCUGCCAUCAGCCGCAGAGGAAAUGGAUGAUGGAUUUAACCCAUUUGCGCGCUUUGAGGAGGACAGCGGAUCUUCAGUGGAGAUUGGUGAAGAAGUUAAUGUGCGCGUGUUGCGUAUCUCAGGUGGACGGGUAAUCUUAACCAAGAAGCCAGGAGUAAAAAAAGUAGAUGAUGAUAUUAACGAUGAUGAUGAGGAGGAGGAGAAUGGAGCGCCGGAACUAAUGGAUUGCUUCGGGGCCGUCCAUAAACGAACAAAUCCUUUUCUGUUGGCUUUUCAUAAGAACGAGGAUAUUGCUGCAUUUUUGGAUCAGAGGGAGAAAGAAGAAAAGUUCGAUCAAACUGGAACCAUGGUUGAGGAAGUGCAGGAUCAACAAGAAAGCACCAGUGAGGGGUUGGUUAGUACAGUGACUGGAGAGGAUGAAACUUCUUCAAAGGAAGUGAAUGUGCUAGCAAGUACCCUAGAUGCCUCAAAUGAAAUGGUCAAUGAUGUUAAAGAUCCGCACAUCAUAGUUUCUGAUUCAUCAGAUGGGAUAAAUGGGGCUGUCCAGAGCCUGGAGGAAGUCACGGAGGUAAGGUCUCAAAUAUUAGCUCGUGAAGAAAGUGUAUCUGCAUCAGACCAGCUAACUGAGGGAACUUUUGCAGUUGAUCAAAGCUCAAUCGAAAAUCAGGUUGGCGAAGAAGUUACUAAGGUGGAGGUUAGUUCUAGGGUAUUGUCCCCUGAAGGUGAUGGGUCUGCUUUUGAGGUGGUUUCUACAACUGAUGGGUUGGAAAAUGUGGGAAAAGAGGAUUUAUCUGGGCAAAUAACCAAUUCUUUCGUGUCAGACAGUGCAAUUAGUGAAGAGGUUGCAAAGAUUCAAGCUGAUGACGCAAUAUCUAAAGAUGAAGUGUUGAUAGUAACACCUAAUGCAGAGAUUGAACCUAUUUCUGCCACAAUAGUUGAAGAAGUGGGAAUUAACCCAGACAACUAUGGAACUAUUACCAGCUCAAACGACCAAAUAGUUUUUCCUACAGUGCAGCAAAGCACAAAUGAAGAAAGUCAGGUCAGUGGUGAAGCGGAAAAGGAGAUCGACAACUUAAAAGUACAGAAUGAACUGAAGGUUGAAACUCCUGGUGCAGAGAGUGAAAUUGCUUCUGCCACACUUAUCGAAGAUGAAAAGGUGGUAUCUGUUCCAGAUAAAUAUGGAACUGUUACGAACUCAAACGGCCAAAACGGUGCAUCCUCCUCAAAGGAGAGCACAGCAGCAGCAGAAGCUAUUUCACCUCUUCUGGUGAAGCAGCUGCGCGAUGAAACAGGAGCAGGAAUGAUGGACUGCAAGAAAGCACUCUCGGAAUCUGGAGGCGACUUGGUUAAAGCUCAGGAGUUUCUCAGAAAGAAAGGUUUAGCAAGUGCAGAUAAGAAAGCCAGUAGGGCCACGGCUGAAGGGAGAAUCGGGGCGUACAUUCAUGAUAGUAGGAUUGGUGUGCUUAUAGAGGUGAAUUGUGAAACAGAUUUUGUAUCUCGGGGCGAGAUUUUUAAGGAGUUGGUUGAUGAUCUAGCCAUGCAAGUGGCUGCAUGCCCUCAAGUACAGUAUCUUGCUACGGAUGAUGUUCCCAAAGAAGCAGUUGAAAAGGAAAGAGAAAUUGAAAUGCAGAAAGAAGAUCUGUUGUCGAAACCAGAGCAGAUAAGAUCCAGGAUUGUUGAUGGGCGGAUUAAAAAGAGGCUUGAUGAUCUGGCACUGCUUGAGCAGCCUUACAUUAAGAAUGAUAAGUUGGUGGUGAAGGAUUGGGUGAAGCAGACAAUUGCAACCAUAGGGGAAAACAUAAAAGUGAAGAGAUUUGAGCGCUUCAACCUUGGAGAAGGUUUGGAGAAAAAAAGCCACGACUUUGCUGCAGAGGUAGCUGCCCAAACUGCCGCAAAAUCUGUAGUGGCGCCUUCACAGCCUGAUGUCGUUGAAGCUGUUGAUAAGCCGCAGAAAGCAACAGUUUCAGCUGCAUUGGUCAAGCAACUUCGGGAAGAAACUGGUGCCGGGAUGAUGGACUGCAAGAAAGCUCUUUCUGAAACCGAAGGAGACCUUGGCAAGGCACAAGAAUACCUCAGAAAGAAGGGUCUUUCAACUGCUGACAAGAAAUCCAGUAGGCUUGCUGCGGAAGGCAGGAUUGGAUCCUACAUUCAUGACUCCCGCAUCGGAGUUCUAAUUGAAGUCAACUGUGAAACUGAUUUUGUGGGCAGAGGUGAAAAAUUCAAGGAGUUGGUAGAUGAUCUGGCAAUGCAAGUUGUGGCUUGCCCACAGGUGCAAUAUGUAUCGAUUGAAGAUGUUCCGGAGAGCAUUGUGAUCAAGGAAAAGGAGCUGGAGAUGCAGAGAGAGGACCUUCAGUCGAAACCUGAGAACAUAAGAGAGAGAAUCGUUGAGGGGAGAAUCUCAAAGAGGCUUGGUGAGGUCGCUCUUUUAGAGCAGCCUUUCAUCAAGAAUGAUAGCAUCCUGGUGAAGGAUUUGGUGAAGCAGACGGUUGCUGCUCUUGGGGAGAACAUAAAAGUCCGGAGAUUUGUGCGAUUUACUCUCGGGGACAUGAAUGAAACUGCAGAAACGGAGAACGAGGCAUGAGAUGCUGAUGAAAUCGACAAAAAGUGAGAAGAUUUAUAGAAUUAAUUCAGGCAGAGUUUUUUUUGUUAUGAUUUCCACUGUUGGGAAAGGCCGAAAAUGGCAAGUUUUUGUUGAGGUUAAGGUACUCUUAGACUUUGAUAUAUAUCAUCCGAUAUGUUCUUUCUUUUUUGGCAAUGAAAGGAAAUCUAUUCAUUUUGUUA